AGGAAUAGUGCUGUGAGGGCAGGGGGCGUUGGUGGUGGUGGUGGUGACGCUGGGGAGGCAGGGAUUGGUGUUACAUUGCUUUGGUCGGCACUGGUCAGUCUUGCCACACACUCUCCUAAUAGUGAUCAGUGCAUAUUCCUGGCGGUGGUGGUGGUGUGAUUACAUUGUUUUGGCAGUGGCGCUGGGGAAGGAGGGAUUGGUGUUAUCUUGUUUUAGUCAGCACUGGCCAGUCUUGCCACACACUCCUAAUAGCGAUCAGUGUUUGCAUAUUCGCGCACACACUCUCCUAAUAGCUAUCAGUGUUUGCAUAUUCCCGGCAGCUUCUUCCUCCAUCAAGCAGCACCAGAGAGACACAGCUACUUAAGGUUACUGCCUAUCUAGUGAGAGGUAGCUGGCAGUCAGUGGAAUAUAGAAUGCACAAUCCAGAGGUGGAAAAGCACCCACCACCAGAGUGCCGUCUGUACCAUGGGUGCUACCACUGGGAGCAGGCUGGCAAGGGGGCUGCCUGGCGCAGGCUGGUUGACCAACACCCAUUCAACACCAAAAUUUCCAUGUUGAUGCCUGCCUCACCCAGCCUCCCAACAGCCCUUCGGGAGCUGCUCACAGAGGACACACAGUUCUACAGAAUUGAUAAGCUGCCUUUGCAUGAGUUGUGUGCACCUGCCUUCCUGCAAGCCUUCCUAAACAAAGGUCAGAUGUUUGCCCUGAGCUACGACACGCUUCUGGACACAGACAACAGUGCUGCCCUCGCCCCCGACGGCUUGCUUAGGCUCCUGCUGAACAAACUCACCUACCAGGAGCUGGCCCUCAGUGGCUCGCUCUCCCCUGACAUCCUGCGUACACCACUUGAGAAGUUUGUGGUUGAAGUGGAUCUGAAGGACAUAGACUUUCACCCAGGAAAACGACACUACCAGCAGGUGAGGAGUGCCUUCACACAGCUCCCUCUUGCCUUCUCCUUCUGGUUCCUGUGGGUCCCGGAUGAUCCUGACAUUUGUCCGUCCUCUAUUGCCAAGUACUUCCAUGACCUUGGCUACAGCAUCAAUGAGUGUACGGCGGCACUGAGCCAGAAUGUGCUGGAGAAGGCCUUCAUGCCCUUCCCUGGCCCACCUGUAGAGGAUGCAGGGCUGGAUGACCAGGCAGCUGAACCAGAGGAUCUUUUAGAAUGGAUUGGAUGUCAGACACUUGGAAUAAGACUGAGUCGUGAGGAGUCAGUGCUGUCUGGCGUGGUAGAGCCAAGACAUGGAACUCCCAUCCACAACCUCUGCAGUGUCCAGUCCUCUGGCUUCUUCCCUCCCAGCCUCAUUCACCUCCUUAUUGAGCACCUCAGGUCAUGGCUGACGCAACAUGACGCAACAGCUGUUCCGUGGGUAAGCCUGACUGUGUAUGGCCACCCAGACUCUGUUAUGUCGUGGAGAUGGGAGAAACAGACCUGCUCCUCCUCCUGGAAUAACCUGUACACACUGGUGAUAACGAGGGAGCACUUGCUUGCCUACAUGCUGCUGGGGCCCGGCAAGCCUCAGAGACUCAUUGUAAAGACCAAUAAAAACAAAUGAAGAAGCUA